AUCUGCGAGCUGCAGGACGAUUGCAGCGCUCUAUAACUCGGCGUCUCCGGGAAGAAGCCUUCCAACAACAACAACAACAACAAAACGGGACACUUUUCCGCUUCUCUCUUCGGACGGUGCUGGAUCCAUUCUGGAGUUGCAUGCUUCUCUCCAUUCGGCUUUUUUCUGAGUAUAGACGUGGCUAGAUAAAUAAUAAUAAUAAUAAUAAUAAUAAUAAUAAAAAGUUGCUCCGGCCGUACUGGGAUCACGGCAGGUCCUCUGUGAGAGAGCAACUGUGCUGAGAAAGCUCGAGAGAAGAUGUCUGCAACUAUCUUGUCCGCCUUCUACGACUUCGACAUGCUGUACAAGCAGCAGGACAAAAACCUAAAUAUACAUGCAAUCAAUUUGAACAGCAUGCUGGACAAAAAGGCAGUCGGGGCGCCGCUGACCGCUGCCAGCACCUCCAGCAGUUGUUCCUACACGCCGGGCUUUUUCCGAAGGAACUCCAUCGGCAACGUGGACUCUCUGAGCAACAGCAACAAGUACCCCGCCGCCUCUUACGGCAGCCUGAAGGAGAGCUCCGCCGGCAGCGCCAGCACCAGCACCUCCGCCAUGAACAAGGAGAACAAAUUCCGCGACCGGGCGUACAGCGAGAACGGCGAGCGCAGCCAGCACCUGCAGGUCCUGCAGCAGAAACCGGGAUCUCAGAUCAAUUCGACCCGCUAUAAGACGGAGCUCUGCAGGCCGUUUGAGGAGAGCGGGGCGUGCAAGUACGGCGAGAAGUGCCAGUUCGCCCACGGCUACCACGAGCUGAGGAGCCUGUCCCGCCACCCCAAGUACAAAACUGAGCCCUGUCGCACCUUCCACACCAUCGGCUUCUGCCCCUACGGUCCCCGGUGUCACUUCAUCCACAAUGCCGACGAACGCAGACCGGCCCCCAGUAACGCCAACUUGCAGGGGGAGCCGAAGUGCGCCCGCGAGCCCUGCGGCUUUGGGCAGAGGGAGGCGGCGCAGCCACACUCUUCCUACGGUCAGAGGGACAAGCCCAAACUGCACCAUAGCCUCAGCUUCUCCGGCUUCUCCAACCACCAUGGAUUUGAGUCGCCGUUGCUGGAAAGCCCCACGUCGCGCACCCCCCCGCCCCCUUCCUCCUCCUCUUCCUCCUCCUGCUCGUCUAACUUCUACGAGGACGUCCUGUCUCCCAACUCCAUGUGCGUGAACGGCGGCUUUUCCUUCCCCGGUCAGGAUCUGAAAACUCUUCUCGCCCCUUUGGCCAUCCACACGCAGAAUGGCUACGCAGCCCAGACCAACGGUGCAUAUUACACAAGUCUGCAGACUGGCGGCGUGUGCCCCCCAUCCCCCCCAUACAGCAUGGGCCAACUGCAGUCCCUGCGUCGCUUCUCCGAGUCGCCGGUCUUCGACUCCCCCCCGAGUCCCCCCGACUCCCUUUCGGACCGGGAGAGCUAUGUGAGCGGGUCCCUCAGCUCCUCCGGAAGCCUCAGCGGCUCCGAAUCGCCCAGUUUGGACUCCGGAAGACGUUUGCCAAUCUUCAGCAGGCUGUCGAUCUCAGAUGAAUGAUCUGUCCGGCACCAUCCUUACUUUUUUUGCAUCCGAAGAGGAGGGGGACCUGACAUUCCAAUAGUCAGCGCCACCCUCUGCUUCCCAACUAGACUAUUAAUGAUCAAAGUAGAGAAAACAGCCAGAACUACAGGAGACGGCAACCUAUCCUUGAAACGGCAUUAGUUUUUUUUUUCCUUUAACUUUACAUGUGUAAAAAUAGACAUCAACAGAAGGCAUUCCAUCUGUGACUUAAAAUUUUGAGUUGCAAUUAACGGCAGUCUUUGGUCUACCCAACAAACUAUAUUUUGGGGGAAAAGGACAAUGUCUAUUUUUUUUUUAUAAAAGACUGAGCGGUUUUAGAGUUUCCUCCAUCCUGCCAAGAAUAUGCCUUGACACAAGUGUACCUUCCAUUCCAAAACUUCGAUCCGCAUCGCAGCGCCGCACGGUGGCCUGUCUGCUUUGUGUAGGCUGUCGCUCGGUUAAAAGCACUCAGAGUUGAGUUUGUUUGGGAAAAUCACUGCUGAUGGUUGAAUAUAUAUAUAUAUACAUAUAAAUAUUUUUAGCUGUUUUUUUUGAGUGAUUACAUGGCGGUGCGCAACGUGCUAUGAACUAUUUAACUUAUUUAUUAUCUUGUGAAAAGUAUAGGCUACAUUGGUAAUUUUUUUUUCUUUGUGUCCAUACUGUAUUUAUCGAGUAUGAUGAAGCAAUAGAUCUAUAUUCUUUUAUGUUUAAAUUAUGAUCGCCAUUAUUAAUCUGCAUAAAGUGGAGUGUAUGUUCUUUUCACAGUAAUAUAUAUUGUUUUUGUAACUUCACUUGGUUAUUUUAUUGUAAAUGAGUUAAUCUUAAUUUAAGAGAUUGUAUGUGAUAUUUAUUUCGUUAAUUUUUCUUCGUUUACGUUUUAUUGAUAAAGACGGAAAUGUUUGCGUGAUUGCGGUUUGGAGGCCGACGCCGCGGAAGGUGUUUUUUUUUUUUUUUGUUUUUGUUUUUUGUUCCUCUCCAAGCAGUCGUCCUAGGUGUUCCAUAGAAUGUAUAGAAAGGUGUGUACAGGCCGUCCAAACGUCAACUAGCCUUAAGCUUUUUUUGAUCAUAUCAGCCUUCAAUGACAAAGCCCAAGUCAAAUAAGUAAAUUGUAACCAAAAAGUAUUUGGCGCGCGCGGUCACGUGCCUGAGAAUGUAGCAGAACCCCAGUGUUAUUGUCUAGUGCCUACAGGGGUCCAUCCUCCAUGCCUUAACCAAAUAAAGUAUUUUCCUCUGGAUAUUUUUAUGCGAGUCGAAUUGAAUGUAGUGUUUGGCUUUUAAUUGCCCUCUACCAGUUUGUUACCACUUGUGACUUAAUACUUUUGGAGCAACGGGUACCUUUUUCUGCCCUGUUGUCACUAUUUGUUCCCAUGUUUAAGAAACAUUUUUUUUUCCUUGGUGAUUUGAAAUGGUCUGAAUCUUCCAAACUUGCUGGACGGGGGAGUUUUUUUUUUUUUUUUUUUGUACAUAGUAGGUACGCGCUAUGUACUUCUUGACUACUUGUAUCAGAAGUAAAGCUUUUUGAAUGUAACUAAAAUGGAUAAAAAAGGCAACCUGAGUUGUAUUAUAACUUUGUUUUUUGGGGGGAGGAGUCAGUUCACUACAAAUUGAGUGUGAGACUGUUAACUUUGUACUGUACAUUUUUUUGUAGUUCUCCCAAUAAAAUCAUUUUUGAAAAAAAGGA